GCCGAGAACCCGCUUCGUUGCAGCAGGGUCACCUCCUCCUCCCUCGGUCGACCACUUUUUCGACGUUUCGCCGUUGCUUUCGCGGCGGACUCGGUCGUUCGGGAAAAGUAGGCAGGAAAACGCGAUCGUCCCUCUCGAACGUCCAAUUCCUGCCUAUCGCGUCCUUCCAUCGACGUGCCCGCCUUCGACGAGACUUCGGCGGUCCGCUCGAGGCGACGUUUCGAAUCUGUGGAGAGUUGCAGUUUCGUAGGAUCGUAGGACCAGAGAGGGAGAGAGAGAAAAAGGGAGAGAGAGAGAGAGAGAAAGACUGUGUGCACCGGUAUGAAAAGCGCGGCUGUUAUCGCGCGCGGAUCGAAGGUGGUGGAAAGAAGGGGUUGUGGCGAUUUCACGGAUUCGCGCGAUCGUGUUCCGGUUUAGCGGCGGUUGAAAGUUCUCUCGCCUGGAGAAGAAGAGGGGCUCGUUGUCGGUCGAAAAGGUCUCCCCCUUUUGGCGCGCGAGGGGGGAGGGGCGACUCGGAAAGAGGAAGAGUGACCGAUCGAUCCUGGUAAUAAGGGAACUUUUGCGUUGUCGGGGGUAGGGAAGAGGAAUCCGUGGAAGAAGAAGAAGAAGAGGAGGAGGAGGAGAAGGAAGAAGAAGAAGAAGGGUGUCUCGCCGCCACCCUGGAGGAGAAGAAAGUGGACGACGGACCCUUGUCGAAGCUCCAUCAUCCCCCGGCUGCGAAACUCUUUUGAGGAAACGAUCCUCUCGGGAAACCGCUGAAGCGCAUCGGAGAACCGUAAGAGACCGUUGUCGAACAGCGAACGACUAGCUUCGCCUUUCUCCCUUUAAGGGGGAUCGAAUCGCCUCGCCUCGUCGUUUCUCGCCACUUUUUUCUUUUCCUUUUUCUUUUUCUUUCCGUUCUCUUUUCUCUUUCAUUUCGUACUCGAGUACGAGCCCAGACUCGCGCCCGACGAUCCAUCCAACGGCGAACCAAUUUGGUAAUCGUUAACAUUAUCUCGGUAUCCGGGAACGGGUGAUACGUUUAAUGGCCCGACAAUUAAAUAUAAUUAACUCGGGGGAUAGCUGGAUACGUGGCGUUCGGCUGCCAAUUAGCGCGUUAGCGCCUUAUCGAGCAGCGACCGAUCGCCCGGCCGCGUCGCUUCCAUCGUUCCAUCUUCUCGAGCCGAUAAAAUCGCCGUAGUCGAGGGGAUCAGUCGUCCUCUACGAGGAGAAAGAAACAGGGAGAGAGAGAGAGAGAAGGAGAAGCGGCCAAUGGAUGAAGCGAAGAGAAAGAGCAAAACGAAGAAUCGAGAACAAGCCGAAGGAUCUAACCGAUUCGGCCGAUCGUGAACGAUCCUCGGGAAGGGAAGAAGAAACUGGUUCGUCUCGCCUCGCGCGUCUCGCGAAAAGUGUGACGGAACGUACGAAAGAAGGAUGAAGGGGCGAUGAACGCGACGACGGGAAUAAUAACGGAACGAGCCACGGCGAGUCUUUGACUCCGGUGGAAAGUUCGGGAGAAGUGUUUUUGGUGGAAGAGUACGAGGAGGCGCGAAACGGGCCGGAUUACAUGGUCGGGGGGAAGGGGGGGAAGGGGGAACGUGGUUCCGUCGCUCGUCGCCUGUUCGCCCUCGCGAGGGCAGCCCUCGACUCGAGCGAACUCGCGUCGCCUGUUCCGUUCGGGGAGCGCGUCGCGCAUCAGGCGGAUUCCUCCCCGUAGGAGGACUCGAGGAGGAUCGAGAACGAGGGGAGAGAAGUGGACGCGCGAGAAAGGGCCGGAAGGAGGAUGCAAUCGUGACGAACGGAGCUUCCGAUCAGGAUCGUGAGCCCCCGCGGAAUUACCCCGACACGGAGAGUCUUGUCAUUCAACCCCGUCACCGGCUCGUCGACGCAUUGUGUCAGCCCCCACGAAGCCUGCACGGGACGGUGGAGGGCACCACGGUGCAGGCUCAUCGUGAAGGGCGGCGUAGAAUCUCGGGGAGACCCUGGAAUCUCUCACUCUCGCUCUUUCUCUCUCUCUCUCUCUCUCUGCUCGCACCCUCCGACGUGGCGCUGCUUUUUUUUUUAUUUUUCCUUUCCACCGAGUCACCGUUGUGUGUUCACGCUCUAAAAGGACGACACUGGUUUCCGUCCUCCCCGCUCGCACGACUGCCACUCCACAUCGCUGAACGCACGGUCUCGCUCGCACCCUCGUGAAAGAAGUCUGCCACGCAGAGCACGAAGAAAGAAGAGUCGCGAAGGAGUGGGGAUAGCAAGCGCAGCGACUGGAGUGGGGAGACGAGGCGCCGGUGGGGGUAGCUCGCAACGUGAUAGAGGAAGCUUUGGGAAGGAGGGGUGGUGGGGAUAGGGAACGGAGCGAAGGCUCCGAACGGUCGGGCGAAAGCGACGAGCAACAGUGUGCCGCGCGCCACCGAGGAGCGAGUGUUGUUGUGAUCCGUGUGCUCGGGUAAGCGCGUGUUUUCGGAAGUUCGGAAGUGCGUUCGAGAGUGACAUUGUUGUUAUUACGCGGAGAAACGUUACGUGUUCGAUCACGUAACGAGUGCGAAUACGUGUUUCGAAUCGGAUGUGCGGAUGACGACACGACAGCUGACACUGGUGGAUACAUGGGAGUGUUCGAGUUGUGUUAAACAGUGAGGUUUUCCGUAAUGAUGAUAUGGGUUCCGUGCGGGUGCGAGAUCAACAUCGUGUCUCGAGCAAGUGAGAGAGGGGAAUAAAUCGGGGAGAAUGAUUCGAGUGCGGGAGGAAUAAGUGCAUCGUUUUUGACGACGAGCCUGAAAAGUUGAUCUUCGUGUCCGUUAAACGGCGUAUGGCUCGCGAUCGGUCGAUUUUUUUUCUGCCGUGGAGAUUCGUAACGACGCUCCGGCACAUAGAACAAUCGUCGUCCGACCGUUUGUUUGUAAACGGACGUGGAAGAAACGCACGAUCGACGAGCAGCAGAAAUAUUCGGCGACAGGUGAUUUCGAGGAUAGUGAUCGCUAUUCCCGGAAUACGUUGUUACGGUUCCGGCCGAGUGAUACGUGAAAGAAAACAAAAACGACGGAGUGAUUUCGCAUCAGCGCAGAGGAUAUAAUACACCGUGUUGGAAUAGGAGAAAGAUAAAUCCUGCGGUAGGGUGGUGCGCGGAGGGGCCCGCAACGAGGAGGGUGACCGUAUUUUCGAAGGAAAUGCGCUGCUAGCAAAUCGGCAAGGUGUCGCCCGAAUUUUUGAGCACGCUGAGGUGGAGGAUGGAGGAGCUGGAAACGCUGGAGAGCACGGAGUGCCCCGAGUGCCCCGGGCCACCCCCCGAGUUCCGGUUACCGCCACCCCCUCGGCCACCCUUCCUCACCGACGGCACCUUUUGCUCGGAGGAGCCACUCACCGAGAUCGAAGAUUGCGUCGCCAUCCCGAUGAUCGAUGCUUCGUACCACACGAAUCCAUCGCUUCAAAGCACCGCCCUCAUCAUCACCUGCGCGGUGGUACUUCUGCUGAUGGCAGCGAUCGUGUCCGUCGUUUUUUGGAAGCACAAGCGGAAAGUGCAGAACCUGUUACCGUGCAAGAGCGCAGCAGGGGCGGCGGCGGCGGCGGCGGCCGCGGCCGCGGCCGGUGGCCGGAGCCGAGUGUUGGCCGACGGACAGUCGCACGGCGGAAGCGGGAGUGCGGGUGGCGCGGUGCUGUACGAGGACCUGCCGGAAGCGGUGACGCACUCGCAGCUGCAUCACAGACAGAACCACCUGCCCAGCCACCACUCCGGCCAGGCGCCCACGAUCGAGAUGUUGGACGUGAAAGAUACCGGAAGAGGCGUGUUCGUGUGCAGCAGCCCGGGUCCUGAUCCGUACACGUCGCAGGAUCUCUACAAUCCCGUCUACGAGGAGCUCAGCAACGGGGACCAUCCGGAAACGGACGAGGAGAGCGAGUUGAACGCACGGAAUCGGCUCCACAAUCAUCACCGGCAUCAUCAUCGGCCCUCGUCGAAACCGGGCAGCGAGGACGAGUUCGCGGAAGACGAGCUGUCGGUCGGUGAACCGUCCGAGGCGAGGAUGCUCACGGCCUCGACGGGCCCGACCUGGGGCACUUGUCCAGCCGGUGGCAGGCCACCGCGAGAGAGACGAGGGAAAAGCCCCAGAAGCCUCGACAGGCACAGGAGAGACAAGAAUCACGAUGUGGGCGAGUUCCACGAGGGGAUGCUGCUUGACGCGCUACUUCAACUUUAUCCCAGCGUCGCGGGUGUGGCCGGCACCCGAUCGAAUAGCAAUCAACGACAACAGUCCGUCCCGUCGGUGGCCCACAGAUUACCUUAUUUCGUGCCACCGAUGCCAGCGACGCAGGCUCUCAGGGUCGAGGAGAACCCGUACGAGAGCGUGCCGGUACUCGGCCCUCUCCACCAUUACUCGAGUCAAAGCAGGAGCAGCAAAGAGAGGUGCCGCAAGUCAAACGACAAAUACAAAUACACGGCGCAAUACGGGGGAUCCGAGUAUUACGGAUUGCAAAACCAGGACAAUGCCCCUGUGUAUACGCAAGUGGGUAGCGAAUACUCGGACACUUACUCGCAGCCGACCGACCGUCUCUACAACGAGGACAAGUACACGCAGCCGGUUUACUACGCGCCACGCGACACCGAGCAAAUUACUUCCGGCAGACUGUACCAAGGUCAGCCGGACAGCAGUUUCGGCAGCGACAGCGGGUACAGUCAUCACACUUCCGGCACAACUGGGACAACCGGCACGCGCAGCAGUAACUCGAGGACGAAUCACAGGAAGGACAAGCAUCGAAAUUCUCAUCACUCCCAUCAUUCCGCGGACUACAUCGUAUCUUAAUUAAGGAUGGUCACGUGGAUCGGAGCGGGAAAAAAACAAACGUGGUUUCUUUUUGAAAGGAAGCGUGGGAAGAAGAAAGAGAUAGAUAAAUAGAUAGAUAGAGGAAAAGAUGGUAGAUCGCGUAGAUGGUAGUAGUUCGAUACUUCUAUCGAAGAAAAACUUGUAAUACUUUUCUAAAAAGUAGUGAUUUUUAUUUAUUUUGUAAAUUGUUUCCUUCUUGUUGUUUUUUCUUUUCUUUUUUUUUUUCUUUUUUACAGAUUAUUUUAUUACUCUCAUAAUGAGAGCUUGCGUUAUGAAACAACGUGAUAUAUAUAUAUAUAGUAUUUUAAUAUUUUGAAAAAUGUAUCGUUAAUAUAUCGUAUAAAUAGAAGAUAUUGAUUAUCGUAGGAAUGUGUUGUAUCGAUGUGUUGAGCUGUGUUUGAUUUCAGAGAGAGAGAGAGAGAGAGAGAGAGAGAGAGAGAGAGAGAGAGAGAGAGGAAUUCGUUCGAGAAACGACUCGAAGUGAAUAUCAGCAAGAGCAAUAGCAAGAGAGACUAUAUUACAUAUAUAAACGCGACGAUCGUAUUAUAUAGGAAACGUAUGAACAGAACACUAACAGGAAACAGUGAUCUCUUAGUGAUUUAGCAAGACUAUUUAACAAAUUAUUUGUAAUCUAACGAGACUCAGGCUGGUACCAAAGGAUGCUAAUAAGAUAACUUCGACUUUUUAGCCUUCUAGUUUGUAAUUUAUACGAAAGUAGAGCUACUCGCGAGAAUGAUUUUUAACAAUAAAGAAUUUCGUGUGAGACGUGCGACUUUCGGGAAGAAGACGAUUCUACGAAUUAGAAUCUAAAGAGACAAUUGAGGAAGACGAAAACGAUUCACUGUCAAAACGAUCCUAAAUAAUUCUGCCAAGACUGCCAUUGAUUAAUAUAUAUAUAUAUAUAUAUAUAUAUACAUAUAUAUAUAUACGUUAGAGAAAUAUUAUAUAAUUCGCCCACGUGCUCUCGCACAUUCCACAACGCGAUAUCAGCAUCAGUCGAAUUGUAACAUACUAGCACUUAAAUAAAAAAGAAGGAGAAGGAGAAGAAGAAGAAGAAGAAGAGGAAGAAGAAAAUAAUAAUAAUAAUACUUGGAAGCACUUAGAGAGAAAAGAAAGAUAAUGAUUCGUAGCAAUACACGCACAUCGGUAGUUUUACACCAGUGUAACGUUUAAAACGUACUACCGUUAAUCGAGUCGCAAUUUUUCUUCGUCAAUUAACCAAGUUACGAUGAUCAUCCCGGAUAGCAUUUACGUGGAAGGGACAAGCUUUUCGAACGCGAAUGCUCAAAGGGAGCAGCUCCUAUUUUUGCAAUCUCGUACGAGGUCACGGCGCGUCUCAAUCAGAAAAACCAUUGGAAAGAAAAAGAGAAAGAGGAAGGGAGAAAGGGAGAGGAAAAAAAAAGGAGAACGAGAAGAGGCUUUUCGCAAAAUAUGCUUCUGCAAAGAGAAUACAUAGCGUUCCUUCUGCGAGCCCUUUCUACUGCAUUUCGUCCCACAUUCUCAAAGCUUCGACCCGCGAAACAUUAUCUCGGCUGCAUAACUUUUCGUGUGUCGCGAUGUUUCCUUUUCCGUCAAAUCAAAAUCAAGCUUACAAUAAUAACUUAUCGUUUCUUGCGUAUCACACAGAGGGGAAACAAUUCUUUUUUGACGAAACCACGUCUCAAGACCCUUUUCCUCGCAGAAAGAACGAAAAGAGGAUACACGAGGUUGAGCGACGUUAAUAAUACGUGCUUCUUUCUUUUUUUACGGAUCUAACCUUCUUUUCUUAGCCUAUUCCUUUCUUAAAUAAUAAUCUUUCGUUCCUUUUCGUAAUGAUUAUUAACGUUCUCGCGUGUUUCCUCUUCUAUUAUACACGCGUGUCAGGAUAGACUCGUAACUACCGGUAGUCGCACGAUUUUCCGCUCGCGAGGCGCCUCGAUCACGCUACCAGAGAGACAGACCAAGAUGUGACGGAUAACCAAGGGACAGUGUUCUUAUUAUAGGCUGUACAGGCACACGCUGGUACAUAUGCAUAUACAUAUAAAUAUACAUAUAUACAUAUAUAUAUAUAUAUACAUACAGAUGCAAGCAUAAGUAUACAUACUAUAAGAAAAACGAAUAAAUUAUUCGCGAAUGACCCCGUUGUAAAUAUUAAAUUAUACGAGAAGCGAAGGGAGAGAGGAAGGGAGAAGUGUAUCAGGAUCAUUCCUGAUAUAGCGCAGCUGUAUCAUAUCGUUAUCAGACUUUCUCGCGUGUGCGUGCGUGCGUGUGUGCGUGUGUGUGUGUGUGUGAGAUGAUGAAUGAUACGUGGACCGAACGACGAGCAAAAGACGAGAAAAAAAACAAAAAAAAACGAAAAAAAAGAGAAAGAAAAAAAGAAAAAAAAUAAGAUCACAGAGAGAAUCGAUUUAAUAUAUAUACAUAUAUAAAAUAUAUAAUUUUUAAAUUAUUUAUAAAGAAGAUCGCGUCUCAUAUCGCCGAUGAUUUACACGAAGAUACGAGGUAUACACGAGAGAGAGUGAGAGAGAGAGAGAGAGAGAGAGAGAGCAAAGAGAAAGAUAAAAUGAAAUGGACGACGAUGAAAGGAAGCGAUUCUAUUUCAAAUUCUCGCGCCAAUCUCCCUUCUCCGCUUCUCGAUACUUGUACACUCUUUAGAUGCAUGUAGAGCGAAUACCUCACGACAAAAGAAAAGAAAAGAAAAGAAAAAAAAAAAAAAGAAAAAAGAUCACUCUGUUGUAAAUAUAAUUUUAUAUCAUACCUAUACGGGCAGCGAAAAAAAUGAAGUGUGUGACCUAGCGGACACGUUUCGCACGCGAAACACUUUCCCUCUCGACUCAUCCCUCAUCUACUCUUCUCCUCCCUCGCCUUAGCUUAAAGGCUGUAACAAUCUGUUCAAACGGCUAUCCUCUCUUCGUGACUAUCCACCCUCCUCUAUUCCUUUCCGCUGUUAAUCUCGAAUUCGAAUCUGGCGGCAACCAACAAUGAGAAAUUUAAAAUUCUAAUUGGCUCGAUUGGGUUCAAUGUGGUAUAAUUCGAGCGUUCGUUCUUUUCCACGCGAUAUGAAAACCGCGAAAAACCGCGGAACAGUUAUCGAUCCGCGGCCGCGUAGCACACAGGGAUACUCGAGAGGGAACGAGUUCGUGGGUGAAAAAUAAAGGUGAACUGUAGGUGGUAUUACACGUACUUAUCGAGGAGUGGAAGCGCACGACCAAUCACGUGUGUAUGAUCAAAGAUGCGUACAAUCAAAGAGUGCAAAAGGAGAGAGAGAAAGAGAGAGAGAAAGAGAGAAGAAAUGGAGGAGAGCAAGAGAAAGAAAAGAGUGAGAGGAUAGUAGAAGGGGAGGGAGAGAGAGUGAGAGAGAAGGAAGGAAUGAAAGAAAGGAAGAAAUGGGGGGGAAAAAAGGCGAGUCGCGUUCGAUCGGUUCGCGGCGUGGAAACUCGCGUGGAAACAAAGAAUCGAAGCCACGCGCCACGCAAAUGGGAAGAGGGACAAACGCUUUUUGUACGAUUUUACGUCCAUGUUAGUCAAACCGUUUUUCAAAACCGUUUUUUAUAUAUACAUAAGUACAUAAGUAUAAUAUGUAUAACAGGCGCAUGUACAGUAGAAAUGACGAAACUUAAUUUAUUAUCAUUGUUCUUAUUUAACAGGGGAUGCCGUUCUAUCCCCUAUCUGCAAUUAUAUGUAUAUUCGCUACCGAGUACUUUGUCGCAGUCGAAAAUGUUGUUACAUUAAUCGAUGUAAAAUGUAUUGAUUAUUAUUAUUAUUAUUACCAUUAUUAUUAUCAUUAUUAUUAUUAAUUAUUAUUAUUAUUAUUAUUAUUAUUAUUGUUGUUGUGCAUCGCGAUCACACACAAAUGGAAAAUGGGAGAGUUUGAUUUCGUCUUUCGUUUUUUUUUUUUCUUCCUUCCGAAUUUUCGUUGGCCGGCCAGUUGUAAUAAUAGGCGAGAACGAUGGAAGAUGAUGAUCAUUCAUGAUAAAAUCACUCUGGCAAUGAUAAGACGCGCAACGAACGAACGAAUGAACGAACGAACGAACGAAAGAUCUCUUUCCCUUUUUUUAAGAAAAAAAAAAGAAAAAAAGACGCGUAUACGAAUCGCGAGAUUAUUAAUUUAUUGUUGCGUUCGAAACGGGAGAGAGCGAAGGUGUCACGUUCCUCCCCUUCAAUCUCGCUAAUUUUAGCUGCGAUUUAGCGAUAUAGGCAGAACAGAAGACAGUGAAAAAAAAAAAAAGUCAUAGGCACUAGAGUACCUCGAAAGAUAACAAGUAGCACUCUUGAAAGUUAGCUUGCACGGACGUUCUCCUUUUCCAUCGCGCCGCCUUGCAAUUAAAACGAGGAGGAGGAGGAGGAGGAGGCGAAGGUGGAGGUGGAGGGGGGUGAGGAUUGGGAGUGGAAUCGGCGGAUGAAUAGGAAAGGGCGGAAGAUCGAUCGUCCGAAGGGACGUGGCGGAUGAGACGCGAGAGUCGGUGAAUCGUGACGUGAUCGUGUAAAAGAGAGCACGCGAAAAUCGGCCCGAUCGAUGGGGAGAACACCAGCUCGCAGAACAGGGUAACUAGCUCUAACAUCUAUCUCUUACAUCACUUAAAAAAAAAAGAAAAAAAUGAAAAAAAAAUAAUUACUGAAAAAAAAAAAAUCUCUAUCACACUCGUUCACCUUAUGGUAUCACAGGUUCACUCUAAUCACAAAUGUCGGCCAAGGCUAACUCGAAACACUAUCACACCUUCGUACUAAUAAACGAUUUACUAUUCAAUUUCA